CCAAAGAAGCAGAGGAGAACUGCAGGAAUCACCUGUCUCAGCUCUGCUCUGUGUGUGUGUGUGUGUGUGUGUGUGUGUGUGUGUGUGUGUGUGAGUGUGUGAGUGCGCAUGGACUCAGCAAUCAUUGUCAGAGAUGGUUUUUUAAUUUGAUCGGACAGCAGGCGGGAAGAGGGACGGACUGCACCACCCUCAACCCCCUUCCCCCCACCCCACCCCACACCGCCUUCACGGCACUCUUCACACCCCGUCUGGCUCCAGGAGGGAAACCUCCCUCUCGUGUUCUGCUGCUCGUUCCGCACUUUGGUCUCUCUCACUGCUGUCGUCGCCAUGGGCGAUAAAGGCACAAGAGUGUUCAAGAAAGCAAGCCCUAAUGGAAAGCUUACGGUUUAUCUUGGCAAGAGGGACUUUGUUGACCAGAUAGACCUCGUGGAACCUGUUGAUGGUGUUGUUUUAAUUGAUCCAGAAUACCUAAAGGAAAGAAAAGUGUUUGUGACGUUGACUUGUGCCUUCCGCUAUGGCCGGGAAGACCUGGAUGUCUUGGGUUUGACAUUUCGUAAGGAUCUCUUCAUGGCCAACAUCCAAGCUUUUCCGCCAUUUUCAGAAGGAAAGAAAUCUUUGACUCGUCUUCAAGAACGCCUAAUCAAAAAACUUGGAGAGCAUGCUUACCCAUUCACUUUUGAGAUUCCUCCCAACUUACCUUGCUCAGUGACCCUACAACCAGGACCAGAAGACACAGGAAAGGCCUGUGGCGUCGACUUUGAAGUUAAAGCUUUCUGUGCAGAGAAUGUUGAAGAAAAAAUCCACAAAAGGAACUCGGUAUGUCUUGUGAUCAGAAAGGUUCAGUAUGCUCCGGAAAAGCCCGGCCCACAACCCAUGGGCGAGACCACACGACAGUUUCUCAUGUCAGACAAGCCCCUGCACUUGGAGGCCUCUCUGGACAAGGAGAUAUAUUAUCAUGGAGAACCAAUCAACGUUAAUGUGCAUGUGACAAACAACACAAACAAGACAGUGAAGAAAAUGAAAGUUUCAGUGCGCCAAUAUGCGGACAUUUGCCUGUUCAGUAUCGCACAGUACAAGUGCCCUGUUGCAAUGGAGGAGUCAGAUGACAUAGUUGCCCCAAGUGCCACUUUUUGUAAAGUAUUCACACUUACACCCUUACUUGCCAACAACCGCGAGAAACAAGGGUUGGCUUUAGAUGGAAAACUAAAACACGAGGACACAAACUUAGCCUCCAGCACUUUGUUAAGAGAAGGCGCUAACAAAGAAAUCUUGGGUAUUAUUGUAUCUUACAAAGUUAAAGUGAAGCUGGUUGUUUCACGGGGCGGACUCCUGGGAGACCUUGCAACAAGUGACGUAUCAGUUGAACUUCCUUUUACAUUAAUGCAUCCAAAACCAAUUGAGGAGACAUUGCAUAGAGAAGUUACAGAAAACGAAGCCCCAGUAGACACAAAUCUGAUUGAGUUUGACACAAAUGAUGAUGACAUUAUCUUUGAAGAUUUUGCACGACAGAGGCUGAUUGGGCUGAAGGAUGAUGAAGAGGAGAAUGGCACUGACUCGCCAAAGAUGAGUGACAGAUAGACACUUGGGCAUUCAGGCACUACUACCUGGAUGAACUAAAAGACUAGUGCUGGCACCGUGGUCUCUUUCUUGCCUUUAUUCUCCUCUAUUCAUGCUGGGAUGUAUAACUGAAGACUUGUGACACAUGGGUUGAACAUUAUGUAGUGAAGAGUUAGGA